CUAUUUGCAGCCACAAACUAAACUACAGCAUACUUACUACUCCACAUAACUCUGGGAACGUGUGAUUGCCUCGCCUGCUGGAAUGGCUCCAUUGUUGAACUGGUCAUGUAGAACGCUGCUCAUACUGCCUCUUAUUGGAAUAUGUUUCACAAAAUUGGCAAGAGCAGAUGGAGUGAGGUCUGAACUCCACAUAUUCCAUCACUCAUGCGCCCUGAAGAAAGACGAAGGGCCGUGCAAGGCAAUAAAGGAAAGGUUCUACUUUGACACUGACACAGGUCGCUGUGAGCACUUUGAAUAUGGAGGCUGCCAAGGCAAUGCAAACAAUUUCGAGACCCUGCAGGAAUGUGAAAAAAUGUGUCUUGUGAAAGAGAAUAAGAGUCCAUGCCUUCUGGAGGAUGAGCCGGGGCCAUGUCGAGGGCUGGUGCCUCGUUAUUUUUUUGAUUACAAGAGCCAGGAAUGCAAGCGAUUCUUUUAUGGUGGUUGCUUAGGGAAUGCCAACAACUUCAAGACCAUAAAACAAUGCCAAGAGAAAUGUCUAUCUGCCUCAAACCACAUGGAAAAAAAUGCUCCAUUUAAGCCAGAGGAAGAAGUAGUCAAACCCAAGACAGAACCUCUCGCUAAACAUGUUGAAGCUCCAUUGAAUGCAUCACAUUUGCCGCUGCGGAGAAUGUCCCAAACAUCUGCACAGGAAGCAGAUUUCAAUCCCCCAGAAUUCUGCUCGAGUCCAGUUGACCGGGGCGAUUGUGAUGGCUCUGAGAGGAGAUACGUGCAUAACCCCAGAACUGGGAGAUGCCAGAUGUUUCGCUACACUGGCUGUGGAGGCAACAAAAACAACUUUGUCCACAAGAGACACUGCAUGAAAACGUGCAUGAAAGAUCACAGCCGGAGGAGGCAAAUACGGAUAAAGACAAGAAACUCAAAUAUCUUAUUCCGAUCCGUUUAGGACAUAUAUUUUUCAUGAUACCAAAUCCUAAACCACUCUUUAGAGAGAAAAUAAGAAAGCAUGUGCUAGUACCUCGCUGACCCUACAUUGUUGUCAUGUACAUAAUUAUCACAGUUAAUGGAUUUUAAUCUGGGCUUCAUAUAUAAAGACAUUCUAUGUAUUUUAAGUGUAAAACAUAAUCUUGCACUCUAUAUCGUUUUAUGGGGAAAAAAGGAUUCACAUACUAAAUUACUCUAUGCAUUUCAUUAAAAAUUACUCUUAUGAUUUUUUUUUUU